ACACACACACAUCAGAGACCCCAGCAAACAGAUGCAGUCAUCACUUCCAUGGCUCCCACGCUAGGCGCUAGGUAGGCUCAGCCGCGGAGCCGCCCCCUCCUCCAUUGCACAACCGCGGCUCUGGCACCGAGGUUAUUAUAGCGACCGGCUGCAGAAGUUACAGAGCUCGCAGUAUCUCUUGGCAGCAGCGGCAGCGGCAGCGGCAGAGAAGCCGAAGCUUUGUUUGCUGCGUUGUGUGUUGUGUCGCAGUAAUCCCCCCUCGCCUAGCCUCCGCCUUUCCCUCUCCCAAGCCCCGCAACAUCGCGUACGCGUGGGUAUACCGUAUGUAUCUACAGUGAGGCGGCGUGUCUGGGGGUACCGCGGUGCGGAGGCAAGGGUUUCGUCUCCGGCGGCGGCGGCGGGCGGCGGAGGCAGAGUAGGAGGAGGAGGAGGUAGAUCUGGGAGGGAUGGGAAACAGGAUAGGAGGAAGAAGGAAGGCGGGGGUGGAGGAGCGGUACACGAGGCCGCAGGGGCUGUACGAGCACAGGGACAUCGACCAGAAGAAGCUGCGCAAGCUGAUCCUCGAGGCCAAGCUCGCGCCCUGCUACCCGGGCGCCGACGACGCCGCGGGGGGCGACCUGGAGGAGUGCCCCAUCUGCUUUCUGUACUACCCAAGCCUUAACCGAUCAAAAUGCUGCUCGAAAGGGAUAUGUACAGAGUGCUUUCUUCAAAUGAAACCCACUCAUACUGCUCGGCCUACACAAUGCCCAUUCUGCAAAACUCCGAACUAUGCUGUGGAGUAUCGUGGUGUGAAGACAAAGGAGGAAAGGAGUAUUGAACAAUUAGAAGAACAGAAAGUCAUAGAAGCACAGAUGAGGAUGCGCCAGCAAGCACUUCAAGACGAAGAGGAUAAGAUGAAAAGAAAACAGAGCAGGUGCUCUUCUAGUAGAACAAUCGCUCCAACAACAGAAGUGGAGUACCGAGAUAUUUGCAGCACAUCCUAUUCAGUGCCAUCAUACCAAUGUACUGAGCAAGAAGCUGAAUGUUGUUCAUCUGAGCCUUCAUGCUCUGCCCAAUCAAACAUGCGGCCUGUCCAUUCUAGGCAUAAUCGUGAUGAUAACAUUGGCAUGAAUAUAGAGGAAAUGAUGGUCAUGGAAGCAAUUUGGCGCUCCAUUCAGCAGGAGCAGGGAAGCAUGGGAAAUCCUGUUUGUGGUAACUUUAUGCCUGUAAUCGAACCACCCUCGCGUGAACGGCAGGCGUUUGUUCCAGCUCCUCUAGAAAUUCCCCAUCCUGGUGGAUUUUCUUGUGCUGUUGCUUCUAUGGCUGAACACCAGCCACCAAGCAUGGAUUUCUCUUACAUGGCUGGCAAUAGUGCGUUCCCAGUCUUUGACAUGUUCCGCCGACAGUGCAACAUUUCUGGCGGAAGCAUGUGUGCUGUGGAUAGUUCACCAGAUAGCUGGAGCGGGAUACCACCAAGUUGCAGCAGGGAAAUGAUAAGAGAGGAAGGAGAGUGCUCAACUGACCACUGGUCGGAGGGUGCAGAAGCUGGAACAAGCUAUGCUGGCUCAGACAUCGUGGCAGAUGCGGGGACUAUGCAACAGUUGCCUUUUGCUGAAAAUUACAAUAUGGCUCCAAGCCACUUCCGUCCAGAGAGCAUUGAAGAGCAAAUGAUGUAUUCCAUGACUGUUUCUUUAGCAGAAGCUCAUGGUAGAACGCACUCGCAAGGGUUGGCAUGGUUGUGACUCAGUGAUUUUGAUGCCUCCUGCCUUUCCCUCUGCGCUGCUGCUGUUCUGCUCCUUUUUGCCACCCGUUGUUCGGCCGUUUUGUUUCUCCUUUUCGCAUCUGUUGCUUGAUGGUUUGAUAUAGUCACCGCUAUAGCUCUCUAUUGCCAUUGCUUAUAUGUAUGUAAAAUGGAAUAUGAGGAAGAAAUAGAAAAGAAAAUGGGUCACAGUUCUUAUGCUGGUAGGAAGGAUGUUUUCAGAUUGAUCAGGCAUAUAGAGCUUGCGAGUAGCAACUGUGUAACCGGGGACGGAGGUGAUGUGCUUGUUAGUACCCU